AUGGAGAAUAUGUUCAACCUACUUUUGCAGCAAAAGAAUCAGGAAAAUCAUGUCCCCCACCAACAACAAGUUAGCCCCAACCCACCUAAGAAAGCAGAGAAACUAAAGGAGGGUGAGGAAAAAACUAACCUCACUAAAAAGGUGGAAGACGCGAACAGCAUAGGCAUCAACGAGCAAAGAUCGAUCGAGUUAGAGGAAAGGAUUAAGAAGAUAAACCAAAUUGAGAAGAUGAUGAAAGAGGGCCAAACCAACCCCUUCCUACGGAUAAGCCUCUGUCUGGAGUCGUCGUUCGCCAAAGAAGGCGCACCUAAUGUCAUCAUGUGCCGAGCAUUUGCGGCCACCCUUAAAGGUAGUGCCAGAGAUUGGUAUCAAACCCUAUGGCCUAGGUCAAUUAGCUCCUUCUUUGAGAUGAAGCAGCUGCUUACCAACCAUUUCCUCAACAGUCGGAGAAUUGUCAAAACGUCGGCUCAUCUAAUGAGCAUGGUUCAGGGAGAACAGGAGACACUAAAAAAGUUCAUGCACUAUUUGCUCACUACGACCCUGGAGAUCCGCAACCUGGACAUGGGGGUGGCUUUGGUAGCUCUGACCACAGCCCUUCAGCCAGGAAAUUUCCUGUACUCAUCGGGGAAAAAGCCACCGGCUGAUGUGGGAGAACCGAUGGCCAGAGCACAGAAGUAUAUCAACUUGGAAGAAAUGAUGGAUUCUAGAGGGAAUCAGAUCAAGUUGAAAAGGAAGGCUAGCAGGGAGAUUGGCGAACCUUCCAGACCCGUGAAAAGGCAGGAGAAUAGCAUACUGCAUGCCAGCUCUAAGUUCCAUAGGGAUCACGGGCACGAUACGGAAAAAUGUAUUCAACUGAAGAAUGAAAUUGAAGCCUUGAUAAAAAAAAAAAAGCCUCCUGUCAAGGUUCAUAAAGAAGAGGGUUGUCAAGGGGAAGCUCAUGAGCAAAAAAGGCCAAACAAGGAUGAGCAAGAGGAACGGAUUGUAGGAGAAAUCGUUGUGAUCUUUGGAGGAUCCACCAAUGGUGGAGACAACGGAGGUGCUCGAAAAAGGUAUGCUAAACAGGUACUCUUAACGGAGAAAAGGGGGCCAAGCGGAAAAAGACAAAAACAAGACGACGCUAUCACCUUUGAUAGCGAAGAAGAAGAAGGAGUACAGCAACCCCACGAUGACGCUUUAGUAGUCUCCCUUCUGGUGGCUAACUACAAAGUGAGGCCCGUGCUGAUAGACAACGGGAGCUCGACCAACAUUAUAUUCUGGUCGGUGCUCGAGGGAAUGAAGAUCGAUAGGGAAUGCCUCAAACGGAUCUCCAUCCCCUUGGUUAGAUUUGGAGGAGACAUAGUGCAUCCCAUGGGAACAAUUACACUCCCGGUAACAAUAGGGACAACCCCAUAG